UUGUGUGCCACUGUCCUCGCGAGAUUUGCAAGGCGGCGGUGACGGCAGUCAGAGCAGCAAAGGAGAACACUUUUUAAACAGAAGUUUACGUCGACAAGUCCCUCCCGCCAUGUCUUCUUCUUCUUCUUUUUGUCGGCUGCUCUAUUUGCUAACCCUCGGUUUUGUUUUCCAUACUUCCUGGGCAAAGCAGCGCAGCCUUUCAGCAGAGAAUCUGCUGGUCAUCACUGCGGCAACAGAGGAGACGGAUGGCUUUUUACGCUUUAUAAGGACGGCCAAAGAGUUCAACUACACAGUGAAGAUCCUGGGCAUGGGGGAGGACUGGCGAGGGGGUGAUGUGGCCCGCACUGUGGGUGGCGGUCAGAAGGUGCGAUGGUUGAAGAAGGAGCUGCUGAAACACGCUCACCAGGAAGAGUUGGUCAUCAUGUUUGUAGACAGCUACGACGUGAUCUUCGCUUCAGGUCCGGAGGAACUUCUGUACAAGUUUUCCCGCCUUGGUCACCGAGUGGUGUUCUCAGCAGAGGGCUUCUGUUGGCCAAACCAGAGGCUGGCUCCCAAGUAUCCCACGGUGCAUACUGGGAAACGCUACCUCAACUCGGGAGGGUUUGUGGGUCUUGCUCCAGACCUAAAUGCCAUGGUCCAGCAGUGGAAGUUGAAAGACGAUGACGACGAUCAGCUUUUAUACACCAACAUAUACUUAGACCGCGCCCAAAGGACCAAAUUCAACAUGACUCUGGACCACCGCUCAAGAAUCUUCCAGAAUCUCAAUGGAGCAGUUGAUGAAGUCGUUUUAAAGUUUGAGAAGGCAAAGGUCAGAGUUAGGAACGUGGCCUAUGACACACUUCCUGUCGUCAUCCAUGGCAACGGACCCACCAAGUUGCAACUCAACUAUCUGGGCAACUAUGUUCCGAAGGCGUGGACCUAUGAAGAUGGAUGCGGUAUCUGUGACAACGACCUGCUCAGCUUUGACGAUGUGGAUGAGCAGGAAAUGCCGCUGGUUCACGUGGCUGUGUUCAUCCAUCAAGCCACCCCCUUCAUGGAGGAGUUUCUGGAGCGGUUAACAACUCUCAACUAUCCUCUCACUCGCAUACGACUCUUCAUCCACAACAAUGUGGUCUACCAUGAACGCCACAUCCACAAGUUCUGGAAGCAGCACAAAGCUCUCUUCCCUGACGCCGUACUGAUCGGGCCUGAGGAGAACCUGCAAGAGGACAGGGCUCGGAACAUGGCUGUGGAGGCUUGUAAGAAGAAUCAGGAUUGUGAUUACUACUUCAGCAUUGACUCGUCUGUAGCCUUGACCAACCCCGACACACUGAGGAUUCUCAUAGAAGAGAACAAGUCCGUAAUUGCGCCUAUGCUGUCUAAACAUGGAAAGCUGUGGAGUAACUUUUGGGGCGCUCUGAAUGCAGAAGGUUACUACUCCAGAUCAGAAGACUACAUUGAGAUUGUCCAAGGAAAGAGGACGGGGCUGUGGAAUGUUCCGUACAUGUCCCAAGCCUACUUGAUCAAAGGCAGCGUCCUGAGAUCCAAACUGUCCAAGGUGAAUCUUUAUGAGGACCCCAGCAUGGACCCCGACAUGGUGUUCUGCAGGAGGAUCAGGGAGCAGGGGGUGUUCAUGUUUGUUUCCAACCAAGAUGAGUUUGGCCGUUUGGUGUCGUCCAACAACUUCAACACCUCCAGGCUGCAUCCUGACAUGUGGCAGAUCUUUGAUAACCCUCUGGACUGGAAAGAGAAGUACAUCCAUGAGAACUACUCCAAGAUCUUCAAAGACCCAAAGAGCUUUGUAGAGCAGCCCUGUCCAGAUGUAUACUGGUUCCCCACCUUCUCAGAAAAGAUGUGUGACAACUUGGUGGAGACCGUGGAGGACAACGGCGAGUGGUCCGGUGGUUCCCACAAGGAUGAGCGCCUGGCAGGUGGCUAUGAAAAUGUUCCCACCAUCGAUAUCCAUAUGAACCAGAUCGGAUUUGAGAAGGAAUGGCUCAAAUUCCUCAAAGAGUACAUUGCGCCUGUCACAGAAAAACUCUAUCCUGGAUACUACCCAAGGGCUCAAGCCAUCAUGAAUUUCGUGGUGCGUUACCGUCCGGACGAGCAGCCAUCUUUGCGGCCGCAUCAUGACUCAUCCACGUUCACCAUCAACAUCGCACUCAACAGCAAGGAAGUAGACUAUGAGGGUGGAGGCUGUAGGUUCCUGCGUUACGACUGCAAAGUGGAAUCUCCCAGGAAGGGCUGGUCAUUUAUGCAUCCUGGCCGCCUGACUCACUAUCACGAGGGCCUUCCUACCACCAGCGGCACCAGGUACAUCAUGGUGUCUUUCGUGGACCCCUAGAUGCCCCGCUUUGGCUGGGUGUGUGACAAUAUCAUCACACAUCACGUACUGACUUGGCCGGUGACCCAGAAUGCAUAUCAGCAGAAGCCUUCCCAGUUAGAAUUAAUUCAUGCUUUUUAUUGGAGCCUUCUCAUCUGGUCAAAAGUUUCUGCCUGCCUUGUUGUUUCCAUAACAACCAGCAACGUUUGUCGUUCCAUCAUAAAGCAGCAUUGUCGUCCUCAAUCAUUUCAGCUGUAUGACGUUUUUUACGAACCAUUUUAAGGGAAUCUGUGUCACCGCGGUUGGAGUUUUAGUCUAAGAACCAUGAACUUGAAACAAAAUGUAAUUCAAAACCGUACUACUACCACCGAUAGUGACUGUCCUGAAACUUUUUUUUAUAGUACUCACUAUAUCGCUACUAAGUGUUGUGACGUUUUUUUCUCACAAUGAAUGUUGUAUUGAAGAUGAAUGAAUUUAUUGUCUUCAUGGGUGCUUGGAGGCUCUGAAGGUGGUUGGCUCCCACCUAAGUUAAAAGCCCUUGAUGAAAAAUCUUUAUUUUUAUGAAAUUUUAUUUUCACCAUGGUGUAGGGGCUUUUUUGUGUUAAGUAUUUAUAUUUCAGGAUAUAAAUGAGCCGCCUUUUUUAUAAACUGUUUUAAAUUAUUUAAAGUGAGUGAAUAAACUUGACAUUUUGAAA